UGGGGGCUGCAAAGGUAACGAGGAGAAAAAGCAAACACAACCUGCUCGCCAGCCAGCAAGGAGCUCAGCCAGAGCCAUGCGAGCAGCAGAUGAGAACGUGGACUAUUUGUUCAAGGUCAUCCUCAUUGGCGAUUCCAACGUGGGAAAGACAUGUGUGGUACAGCAUUUCAAGUCUGGGGUCUACACCGAGUCACAGCAGAACACCAUUGGGGUGGACUUCACCGUGCGCUCCCUCGAGAUAGACGGCAAGAAAGUGAAGAUGCAGGUGUGGGACACAGCAGGCCAGGAGCGCUUCCGCACCAUCACCCAAAGCUACUACCGGAGUGCCCAUGCCGCCAUCAUUGCCUACGACCUCACGCGGCGAUCCACGUUCGAGUCUGUCCCUCACUGGAUUCGCGAGAUAGAAAAAUACGGCGCCGCUAACUUGGUCAUCAUGCUGAUCGGAAACAAAUCGGACCUGUGGGAGAAGCGGCAUGUCCUGUUCGAGGACGCCUGCACACUGGCUGAGAAGUACGGCCUCCUGGCUGUCUUGGAGACGUCCGCUAAGGAGUCCAGGAACAUAGACGAAGUCUUCAUCCUCAUGGCCAAAGAGUUAAUUGCCCGCAACAGCCUGCACCUGUAUGGGGAGAGCGCCCAGCAAGGUCUUUCCCAGGAUUCCAGCCCAAUUUUUGUGGCCCAGGGCCCCAGCGAGAACACCCGCUGUACUUGCUGAAUGCGUGUGGGAAGCCGGAACAGAAGCCAGGGUACACAGACGCCAGUGUCUCCAGGCAGAACUGUAGGCGGAGCCUUACUCCUGGCCUGGAUGGGCAGCACAGACUCUGAAGACAAGGGGAUGCCGAUGUCCUUAAGGACUCCUUGAGAAAUGAGAACUUCAGGACCUGGGGGAAGAGGUUUAGGACGGACAUUCCCUAUCCUGGUUCUGUCUCCCCAACACCCCAAAUGUUUUAUAGUGGAGUUUUCUUCUCUGUUGUACAAAGACAGUAGUGAUGGCAA